AUGAACACUGCUUCUUUGUCUGCAAUUAUAACAGGGGAAAUAUUUUAUGAUGCUAGAGAAGAUUUUUCUGGUGCUGUGUCCGUUGAUGAUGAUGAUGAUGAUGAUAAUAAUAAUAAUGUCUGCAGAAUUCUCACUGUUGAAGAUAGUUUGGGUACCAAUGUUGGAGUAUGUUCUGAUCAUACAGAAGAGGCAGCAGAUAUGCUACACAGACCUCCUCAUUGUGGACCUUAUAAGAGAAGAAAGUUAAUGAAUUCCUUUAGUGCUGAAGGUGAAGUUGAUCUUUCCUCUGCAGCUGAAAUUGAUAACUCAUUGGAUUAUUCUCAGACAUCUAGCUGCUUUUCUGAUGAUAAUGUUGAAGCCACUGAGGAUGAUUUAGUUGAAACCACUCAAGAUGAUCCAGUUAAAGCAACACAAUAUAGUGAUGUUCUACUGUUAUUUAGGUUUGAUGAUCAUGACCUCCCUUUUAAAUUGAGGGACGUCAUCGUAUCUGAUCUGCGAUUGCUUACUUUGUUGGAGGCUGGUCUUCCAUCUUGGGUCAUCUUCCUUCAGUCAUAUCCAGUGUUAUGCAAUCUUUAUCGGCCUUGGAUGUGCCCACUUGCAAGACUGUUAUAUGUUUUAAUAUCGUUUGUUACUGUUCUCAUUGGAUUUUAUGAUUUAUACAAAAAUGUUCCUGUUCUUAAGGCAACUGCAUCUCGUAUAUGUGGGCCUCUUCUUGAUUGGAUUGAAACUUGGGAGAUGGUUUCAAGGGUCAAAUACUUAGGGACAAUGCUGUUUCUACAUAACUUCCAGAAGGCUGUUAGGUGGUUUCUUGCCUGUACACAUACUAUGCGAACAUUUUUUUCAGUUCUUGUUCAACCUCUUGUAGAAUCACUGGUGGAGAUUUUUGGAUUUCUUCUCCCAAGCUUGAAAUUUUUGUUUGACAUAGCAGAAAGCAUCUUUUCCGUCAUUUGGCUCAUAGUUGACACUUCUUUUGAUAUAGUGGGAAAUGUACUGGAGCUACUCUUUUCACCAUUUUGGUUUGUCUUCAGUGUCGUUUGGAGCAUUGCUACAUGUAUCUUAUAUCCUUUAUUUUGGGUUAUCUGGGAAUUACUAUAUGCUCCUGUUCGUCUUGUCCUGAUGAUAUUCAGUUUUGUGCCUUCUACAUGUUCGUGCAUCUGUAAUACGCUUGGCAGCAUGUGGCAAUUUGUUAGUAGCAUUUUUCAGUUUGCAUCUUCUGAAGCAACAGUCAGUGCCUCUGAAGUUUCCAUGUGGCGUACACUUUGGAAUGAUCUUUUUUCCCAGAUUUUCCGUGCUCUCAAGAGCAUACUCUAUGGGUUUGUUGCCUUUUUCACAGCCUGCAAUAGGCAUCGACUAAGGACAGUGUGCUUGCGAUCCCUAGAUGGCCAAAUCUUCUCCUUCAUUGUUGACAACAAUGGCUUCCAAUGCUCUGGUGACCUUCUCUCAGUCCAUCUCCUCCGUGCAGAUUGA